GUUGUUGCCAGAUAUAUCCACUUUAAGAAGCACUUUAUGCCCUCACGACCACCAGCAAACCCGAUGCCACGGUCCAUUCAUCUGAGCACAGGCGCGCGCAGGUGUCAGGAUCACCGUUUGAUUGACGGGCACGGGCGUGACGUCAUAGAGGGGGCACCAACGAGUUUUGCCAAAGAAAAGUGGAGGUCCACAGUGGAGAAGACGUACAAAAUGAAUUCUGUUGAACGCUGAACAUCAUGUGAAGGUCUUCUCGGCGGUGUUUCCCAGUGACACUAUCGCGGGAAUGCAUAAGGAGCAUGACAGAUAACUGUGUCAGGAACAUGGAGGGUACAGGACAGCCUGGAGCUGGAGAUGCCUCUCACAGGCAAUGCCCAGUCACUCCGCUGUAAGCAAUGGCCUGGCAGAACACUUCCCCGUUCAGAUACGGCUUUGACCUGGAAGGACAUUACCAGGAUCUCCGUCCUCUGGGCACAGGUGCAUCCGGCCUCGUCCUCUCUGCGGUAGACAGGCGCAGCGGCCUGCGUGUGGCGGUGAAGAAGCUGGUCGUACGAGAUGCAGUGAGUGUAAAACAUGCUCUGAGGGAGGUGAAGAUCACCCGCCGCCUCCAGCAUGAGAAUGUGGUCAGAGUAUAUGAUGUGUUGGGGCCGUCAGGUCACCCCUUACCGCAUGACCUCACCCAUGUGCCAGCAAUAUACAUUGUGCAAGAGUGUAUGGAAACCGACUUGGCGCAGUUACUAGAGCAAGGGCCGCUGCCAGCCGAACACGCCACGCUGCUCUUUUAUCAGCUUCUUCGCGGGAUCAAGUUCAUCCACUCGGCCAAUGUGCUGCACCGUGAUCUGAAGCCAGCGAACAUCUUCAUCAACACUGAGCAACUGCUGCUGAAGAUCGGAGACUUCGGCCUAGCUCGCAUUGUCGACCCACAUUACUCACACAAGGGAUACCUGUCAGAGGGAAUGGUAACUAAAUGGUAUCGUUCUCCACGACUGUUGCUCUCUCCAAAUAACUACACAAAAGCAAUUGACAUGUGGGCUGCAGGCUGCAUUCUGGCUGAGAUGCUCACAGGACGCCUGCUGUUCGCAGGUACCCAUGAGCUGGAGCAGAUGCAGCUGAUUUUGGACACUGUACCUGUGACUAGGGAGGAAGACAGACAUGAACUGCUACGAGUCAUGCCCUCUUUUGUCGGCCAAGGCUGGGAGGUCAGGAGGUCACUCAGAGAUCUGCUGCCAGAGGUGGAGGAGAAAGGCAUUGAUUUCCUGGAGUGUAUCCUCACUUUUAAUCCUAUGGACCGGCUGACGGCAGAAGCGGCUCUGUCUCAUCUAUACCUGCAGAGAUACUCGUGCCCUCAGGACGAGCCCGUCUCACUGCAGCCAUUCCACAUAGAGGAUGAGCUAGAGGACAGUCUGGUCACUGAGCACACUCAUGUGCUCAGCUCCCACUGGGACAGGUUUGAUGGGAGUGUUUCAUCAGACAUGUGUUGGCAGCCACAGGAGCAGUGUGGGUGCAUGCAAAGCAUCUCAGAGCUUGGAGAGGCAGAAGAGAAUGAGGUUCAAAGAGAUCCACGCGCAAGUGGCUCUGUGUCAAUCAUCGAGGAGGCCCAGGUAGACCCUCGCAAAUACUCCCACAGCAGCUCCGCCGAGCGCUUCCUGGAGCAGUCCCACUCCUCUCUGGACCGGGUCUGCGGUAACUUCACGGAGCUAGACUGUGGUCGUUCCUGCGAUUACAAGGUGGGCUCUCCCUCCUACUUGGAUAAGAUCGCAUGGCGGGAGGGGAAGCCACAGCACUACUCUGAACCGAAGCUAAUACUGGACUUGUCACACUGGAGACAUAACACCAUGUCGGCUCCAAGAAGGGGAAGUAUGGAAAAGCUUGUCACUAAGCCUGCAGAUUUAUUCCAGGAGAUCUCCCGUUGGGUGGAGAGCACACAGUCAGGGCUCUACUCUCCUGGUUCUCCUCAUGACUCUCUUACCUCACCAUGUUCUCCUCCUCAACCCCUCUCCCCUACAAUGCUGCCUCAUCCUCACAUGCAAAUCCAAGCACCUUUACUACUGUCCACCCCAGACCAUCUACAUGAGGACAGCAGAAGUCCUAUCCCUUUCUUCUCCUCUCCUCCAACUCUUUUGCCCUCCUCCCCUUCCUCUCCUCAUCACGGUUCAUCCGAUUGUCCGUCUUCCUCUGUUUGUUGUAAAAAUGAUGAGGAGCCUUCACAGACGGGCCCCUCUAGAAAGGAACAUGAACAUUUUGACCUGGAUGUCUUCAUCUCUCAAGCUCUUAGAAUUUGUAGUCAGAGUGAGGUACUGGGUGAGAACUCUGAUGUUCCCAAACAGAGCAAUAAAAGCCACAUUCAUAACAUCUCAGACAACAGAGCGUCCAGAACACAAACUCCAACCCCUGAGAUGGUUAAAGCUCAAGGGUGUCAUAACAAGCACUGGUUUUGAAUGAAUCUGCAUCUUUAAGCACUUUUCCACCAUCUGGCUGAACAGUUCCGAGCAUGGGGAGCAACGGUUCCCAUAGCAUUUUCACUCGAACAUGGUUCGAAACGGUAUGAUUACAAACUGAUCCCAGCCCCAGAUUUCUCAGCAUGGUUAGCUAACCAAAUUCAAGAGAGAACUGUGCUUGUGGAACGGGUUUAGUGAUGUGGUGACUUGCGAUUGGCCAGUUGCUUAGUCAGUCCAUUCUAAUCCUGAUUUCACAGCACCACAAUGAAAAAAGAUACCGUAAGAGAACAGACAAGCUAGGAUUGGUACGGAACGGCAUGUUUCCCAUCGGCCACAUGGUGGAAAAGUAGCUUAUUUAAAGUGGCAUGAAUAAAUGUGACUAUUUUUGAGGACCAGAGAGCUUUGAGAAUGUUUUAUCACCCAAAUCUGAAAUUCUGUAUUCUAUUGGAAGUAUAAAUUCCAUAUUUCUGAUGUGACUCUAGAAUGAGGAUUACCUGGGAAAGACAUCUGAGAUUUCAGAUUUUGAAGCAAAUAAUGUAAUUAAGCGGCUGUUUUAUUGAAUGUUUCUUAAAGUAUUUUAUGAAAUUGUGUUUCUUGUGCAACACCAGAGAGGCUUUGUCUGUUUGGUGGUGAUUUCAGAUGUUUUAAAUCAAUGUUGUGUAAUACAUUUAUUCUUUUUAGCACAAACUUUAGUCUGUGUAACUUUUCAAGUAAGAAUUCAUUAAAUAAUUUAGAGGUGUGUAAAGGUGUUAGUUUUUUUUUUUUUUCCCACAUAACGUUUUACAUCUAAAGAAAGUUUAAGGACUUUUGACAAAUGUUUAAAAUGAUGUACACACAUGAGAUUCCAGUCAUUACGAUGGCAUUUUAGUGCAAAAAAAAAGAAAAAAAAAAAGAAAAAAAAUUAAAGUAGCAAUAUUUUGAGAAUAAAGUCAUAUCAUUAGCUUAGACAAAGCCAUGUUAUUUGACAUAAGGGUGGUUCUCCUUAAAGUGACCAACAUAUUGAUAUCAGUAGAGACCAGCCAAAUAUGACCCACUUCAUUUCAGUAAUCUCAUUAUUAUUGGAAUCUUUUGGUUGAGGAAUUUAUUGAUCAUGAGUGACAAAUGCAUCUGUGAACUGCACUUUUUUUGCAGGUUGUUCAGUUUACUUAUAGGAUUAGUUCACCCAAAAAUGAAAAUUCAGUCAUUGUUUACUCACCCUUGUGUUGUUAUAACCCUAUAUGACUUACUUACUUUUUCUUAACACAAAGGGACAAAUUGUGAAAAAACUUGUGCUCAAUGAUGUCAUACAAUGGUAGUUUAUGGUGACUAACUCUUCAAGAUUUAAAAGAAUGCAAAAGUAUAAUUCAGAAGUCUAAAAAAUUAUUCCAUGAGAUUUUUUGAAAGCAUACGAUAAUGUUUGGUGAGAAACAAAACAAAAUCGAAUGUAUUAUUUAGUGAAACUGGAGCGACCGUUGAUCUCCUGUGCACACACGUUCAUGAAAGGGCACGAGAGCAACAGUUCACGCAGGGAGCGUUCAAGCAAAAAUUAGUUCGAUUUAUCUAAAAACUGGUCCACCACAGCGAUCGUGACAAAAGAACACAACACAGCUGCACAAAAACCAGAGAACAGAACAAACUAAACAUAGAAUGUACCGUCGCUCAUCACAGCUGGUUAGGAUAAAACCUCUGAUUAACAUAGGAAAGAUACCUUAUAUCAUGUGUCAUUUGCUGUCAGGUUAGGUCAUGUUGUGACUGUGGCAGUGUGGCUGCCAGUAGCCUCAUCUAUUUUUCUGUUUGAUUGAGGACUCAGUUUAAAAAAAAAUAAUAAGGCUUGGCAUAGAAAUGCAUCAAUUCUUUGAAUACAAACUAUUCAGACAUGUUCUUAAAAACAUUUCUGCAGCUGUGUUGUGUUCUUUUGUCACUUUUGCUGUGCCCUAUCAUGAACACACACACGAGAUCAACAGUCGGUUAACAGUUUCACUAAAUAAUACAUUAGAUUUUGGUUUGUUUCUCACCAAACCUUAU